AUGUCAAAAAAUUAAUUACCAUUUAUUGUCAUUUGUUGUAAUUAUACGUAAUUGAAGUAAAUAAACAUAAAAAAAAAGAAUUUUGCAUUAGAUUGUUAUAUAAUUUAUCACGUACCUUUCAACACAUUCAUCUGUCCAAUAAUUGAGAGUUUUUGAUUUAAAAUGAAUGGUCCACCGCCGCCUUGCGACUGGCAAACCACCAGAAAGCUAGUAAAAGAAAGAAGUCAGUAUCUAUUAGAAACGGAAAUGUGGAGCGAUUGUCGCUUCAUUGUUGGUGCAGAACCAAAUCAACGAAUUUUCGAAGGACACAAACUCUUUCUAGCUAUGUCAAGUCCCGUAUUCGAAGCUAUGUUUUUCGGAGGCAUGCCAGAAAAAGACCCCAUCGCUAUUUUAGACGUACAACCCGAAGCUUUUAAAGCUUUACUUGAGUAUAUUUACACGGAUAAAAUAAAUCUAACAUCGUUCGAUCAAGCUUGCGAAUUAUGUUACGGAGCUAAAAAGUACAUGCUUCCACAUUUAGUGGAGGAAUGUACUAAAUAUCUAUGGUCGGAUUUGUAUCCGAAAAACGCUUGUAGGGCGUACGAAUUUGCUAAACUCUUCGAAGAACCCAUGUUAAUGGACAAAUGUAUAAGAAUUAUAUGCAACCAAACGCAAGACGUGCUUCAGGAAAGUAGUUUCGACGAUGUGGAACUUUCUACCAUAUUAACAGUAUUCGAUCAGGACGAUUUGAAUAUAAAUAGUGAAUUAGAAUUAUUUUCAGCUAUAACUCGUUACGCUAAUAAGCACAGUCACAGUUUAGGAGCUAAAGUACCUAGAUUGGACGGCGUAGCGAGUGCAACUGGCGAAACUUCUAAUACACACCCGGCGAUCAGAGAUGCUAUUAUGAAAAUACGUUUUUUGACUCUUACGCCUCAACAGUUUGCCGAAGGGCCUGGGAAAUCGAAUCUUCUAACAGAAUCUGAAAAAUUCGCUAUUUUGAUGAAUAUUUGUAGUCCCGGUUCUGCUGUUGCAAUGCCUGAAGGAUUUUCUACUUCUACUGUUAGAAGAAAAAAGAGGAUUCAACCUUAUGUAUCAGCUGGCGCUUCUACAAUGGACACUUCAUUUACAUCGAUGAUUAAAUUUAAUAAUCCAGAUUUGGAAACUAGUUCGGAAUUUUUUAAAAAAGUCUAUUGCACCCGUCAAUUAUUACAUAUAACCGAAUGUAUGAAUACCAGUGUACUAGAUUGUACAGUUACUUUUACGUGCGACAAAAAUAUUUGCAUAUUCGGUAUACAGGUUCCCGCACAAGUACCGAUUAACGAAGAUAGAGGUCCUACCGGAAACGUGUAUCCGGAAUUGUUGUACGCUCAUUUAUUAGACGCGGACGGAAGUCGUUUGACUUACACGCAUUUUACGAGCAGAGUAAAUUACAGUUCACUCAUCGAUAUAUCGUUCAACAGACCGAUAUACAUUCAAAAGAAUAAGGUUUAUAAAGUGGGCGUGGUUCUUAAUAAGAUGGGAUGCUAUCCGAUCGGAACCUAUCCCGAUCAAUCGACUGCCAACGGCGUCGUAUUCACUUUCUCACAAAGUCAAUGCGGCGAUUCUUUGAGAGACGGAUUAGUCAGAUCGAUCGUCUUUUCCAACGGAAACAACGGAAAUUUGCUUCCGUUGGUAUUGGGCGAUCUGUCGAAAAUACAAAACUCGAUUAACGUUUUAUAAGAAUUUUAUUAAUUUUGUGACUAAAAAGCUGGCAACAAUGCAAUCGAAAGAUAUGUCUGUUAUAUGAAAUAUAAUCGAUCAUUAACGUGGUGUCAAAUGUCAUUUUAUGGUCUCUUACUAUUGUGGAAAAUGGUUGAAAUGAAAUGAAUUUCGAUUCUUCGUUUUUAUCUCUAAUUGGAUUGUUCGCUUACGUUUUCGUUUGGAUAUUUGUGAUUUUCGAAGUUGACAGUUUAUUUUGAACUUUAAAAAUUCCUAUUGACUGCGCCAGUUAUUUUAAAUCGAAUUUCGAGAUCUACAAAAAAUCAAAUUUACUGGAAAAGUUGUUAUUGAUAAAUUUUAGGUUAUGUUUGCAAUUUUGACGUAUAAAUUGUAGUCAGUAGACAAAAAUUAACUAUAAACGCACGUUGGCAACCGUGUUUCAUCAUUUUUUCGACGUUUCAACAUUUGUUUUCGUCAAAAUCGGGCGAUUCUUGGAAAUCAUAACGAAAACGCGAUAAUUUGGCGUUUUUUGACCAGAAUCCAUUUAUCGAGUACUUCCGGUUUUACCGAUACCUAAUUGUAUAACGACAGUUCUCCUUAAUUACUAUAACCUAACCUAACAUGACUCAAUACCUGACCUAAUCGUAGCUAAAGUAAACUAAACUCAACCUAAAUGAAGCCAAAUUAAACUGAACUUAACCUAAAAGGAACUAAAGUAAACCUAACCUAAACGAAGCUAAAGUAAAUUUAACCUAAACGAAGCUAAAGUAAAUGUAACCUAAACGAAGCUAAAGUAAAUGUAACCUAAACGAAGCUAAAGUAAAUUUAACCUAAACGAAGCUAAAGUAAAUGUAACCUAAACGAAGCUAAAGUAAAUUUAACCUAAACGAAGCUAAAGUAAAUGUAACCUAAACGAAGCUAAAGUAAAUGUAACCUAAACGAAGCUAAAGUAAAUUUAACCUAAACGAAGCUAAAGUAAAUGUAACCUAAACGAGGCUAAAGUAAAUGUAACCUAAACGAAGCUAAAGUAAAUUUAACCUAAACGAAGCUAAAGUAAAUGUAACCUAAACGAAGCUAAAGUAAAUGUAACCUAAACGAAGCUAAAGUAAAUUUAACCUAAACGAAGCUAAAGUAAAUUUAACCUAAACGAAGCUAAAGUAAACUUAACCUAAACGAAGCUAAAGUAAAUUUAACCUAAACGAAGCUAAAGUAAACUUAACCUAAACGAAGCUAAAGUAAAUUUAACCUUAAAAAAGGAAAUGCAACCGAAACGAAGCUAAAGUAAACCUAACCUAAACGAAGCUAAAGUAAACCUAAACUAAACGAAGAUAAAGUAAACCUGACGUAACCAGUA